AUGUCAUCGCCGUGUCUGCGUCCUCAGUUCAGAACGGGUGGCGACUCCUUUGGUGACUGGCAUUUUCGUCGUCGAUCUUCGUCAGCCGUUGUUGUGCUUCACGCUUCCGGUUGGCAGAGGGCGAUGAGCAGGCUCUGGUCGCCUGUUUUUCGCAGUCUGCCUCAGUCCCCCAGCAGCCUGCGCGCCCUUGGUAACCCGGGCGACGUCCGAGCCGGAAAAAUUUUGGCUUGCGUCAAUACCAUGAGUGGCGGAUGGCAAACUUUUACGGAGACUUCGCCACUGUCUCCAACCCUCCUCCUUUCGCAACAGGGUUUCUGGCCGGCAACGUUGGAGCUAGAUGAGUUUGUUGUCAAGAUCAGAUUUCAGAACAUUUCCAAACAUUGCUGCCAGUUGAUUACUGAGAUCAUUUCCAUCGCCAACCAGCUGUACGGCAUCGAGUACCAAUUCCCAGCCUUCAUUGUUAUUCCAACCUAA